AUGUCAAUUAAAGACCAAAAUCAAGUAAAAGAGCCUCAAGUCAAAGCUGAAAUUGCAUUAGGAAGAUCAAUGGAAUAUCUAAAAGAAAGCCGAAGCUGCAAAGUUUGUGGAGUUGAAUACACGUCAAGUUUAGAAAUAAUACCUCAUUUAUAUAGAGAGCACCCAAAGUGUAAAGAUUGCAAACUUCGAUCUUUAUCAGUUGAAGAUCAUAUUCUCCACAGACUUGAAAAGCAUCUUAGUGAUAUAAGGCAAGCAUUUCAGACAUCUUAUGGAAUUAAAAAAAGUAUUGGUUUAAGGCAUGAAUGCUCAGUAUGCUCAGCUGUUUUUACCAGGAAAACUUAUGCGCUUGUGCAUAUGGCUAAAAAGCACCCUUUAAUUGUUUCAUUAUUUAACUCUGACAGCACAUUUUAA